CCUGCAGCAAGAUCUUGAGUCUGAACACGCGUGAUAAUGAGGGUAAAAGUCCCGAGACUUGUAUCCUUAUUCAAACGUAUCGACGUACCAUAGAAGGUGGCUCACUCAGGAGCAGAUGGUUACGCAUGUACCCGACAGACGAGAAAAUGGCAGAGAUGUUGUGACUUCAGAUCAGGAACAUAUCCCUUGAUAACGGCGACUCGCUCACUCACGCUCCGCUUUUGUCAAACUCAGCGAGCGCAAGAUAGAAUUUUUGGAGAAGUGGUCCAACAGACAAUAAUGCCGCAAUGGUUACAAGUGUACAAAGAAUUUAGAAAACGGAGAAUCAAAAGAAGAAUCGUACAAUAGCAUGGUUAGACACGGCCUUCUCCCACACCGAGAUCUCCGAUCAAUCUUUAGUUUUUCCUUUCUACCUAUUCACAACAUCUUCUCUCAGCUCACAUCCAAUUAUGAUGUUCAAAAUGUACAUUCUUACGUUCCUAUUUGCUCUCGUUCAUCAAACCCUUGCCUUCAAUAACUUCAGUGUAGAUGCAUUGGCAGCUCAUUUCAGUGAGAUUCUCUCACCUGGGUCUCAAGUCUGGCUUCCCGAUAGCGCUAAUUACACUUCCGCAAUAACUCAAAGAUGGACAAUCUAUCCACCAGCUGAGCCUACAUAUAUUCUUGCUUUGAAGCCAGUACUACCUUCUGACAUUCAAGCUAUUAUUGAAUUUUCAUCAAACCACAACAUCCCUUUUAUGGCAACAGGAGGAGGACAUGGAUACUCGACAACACUACACAGUUGUAAAAAUGGAAUCGAUAUCGAUUUAGGUUUCUUCCACGAUAUAAGAAUUGACAAAGAAGCAAGCACCAUCACAAUUGGAGGAUCCGUUAAAUUUGGGGAACUCUUACAACCAUUGUUUCAUGCUGGAAAAGAAAUCCAAACAGGAUUAGCAGAAUGCGUCGGUGUUGUUGGAGCAACAUUGGGUGCAGGACUCGGACCAUAUACUGGUCUUCAUGGUCUGGUGAUUGAUGCUUUGCUAGAGGUAAAAUACGUAACCGGAACCGGCGAGCUGAUCACAGCAUCUAAAACAGAGAAUCCAGAACUUUUCUGGGGAGCUAGAGGAGCCGGUCAUCAAUUUGGUGUUGUCUAUGAGGCCACAUACAAGAUACAUGAUGCUACCAAUAAUGGAGAGCUGGUAGUAGCGACCAUGCGAUUUCAUUCGAGCGAUAAUGCAUCUUUAUGGGAAAUAAUGAAGGAUAUUGGAAGCAACCAACCCAGAGAAAUGUCAUUGGCCUUUCAAGUAAAUUGGAAUGACGAAUUUGGUGGUCUCAACAUCAUAAUAAACGCAAAAUGGGUCGGACCCAUGGAAGAAGCCCUCAUUGCAUUUUUCCCAUUCUUAUCCCUCAACCCCAUUCAAAAAAUAAUAAGUCAAAUCCCCUGGACCAGCAUUUAUGGCUCAUCUGUUCCCGGCGGCGGGAAUUUUAGCUGUGAUCGCGGCGCAAAGAGUAGUAAUUGGGCCGUAAAUCUCUACACCAUCUCUAUUCCAGCAUUCACUCACACGCUUCAAAAUUUAGCACACUUUUAUUCCAAAUUUCCUUCAUCAAGAGCGAGCGUUUGGUCAAUUGAAAAAUUCGCCAAUUCAGUAACUCUUUCGACACCAGACGACGAAACAGCAUAUCCGUGGAGGAAUACUACAAUCUAUACUUUUGUCGCUUUGCAAAUAAAUGACGAUUCACAAGAUGAUAUUAUAAAUGCUUUUGGUGCUUCUUUUCAAGCAGAGAUGGCUGCGUCUUGUGGAUAUGAUGAUUUGAGGGUCUACAUCAAUUAUGGUCGGGAUGAAGGAGAGGAAGUGUGGUAUAGCGAGGGAAAAUUACCGAGACUGAAGGCAUUGAAAAGGAAGUAUGAUCCAAUGCAGUUAUUUAGUCACUACAAUCCUGUGAGGAUUUUUGAACAGCAUGAAAAGGGUGUCGACUAUGAACACUUGGGAAGGGGGCUAAGAUAAGUCUUAUAUAUAAGACAGACGUAUUUCGGAUGAUUUAAAGAUAGCUUAACUUUAUCAGCUACAAUUUUAA